AUGGCACAGCAAAGAGCGAAGCAGGCAGGCUAUAAGCGCAUCAUCCUUUGUGCCGAUGGGACAUGGUUGUCAUCUGAUCUAGGCGACAAGUCCGUGCCAACGAACGUUGCGAAGAUUGCUCGAGCAAUCGCAACCAGCGGUCCAGAUCGGCAAGGCGCGAUUGUGCCUCAGAUCGUAUAUUACCAUUCUGGGCUGGGGAGCGGAGACCUCCCGCUUCAGAAAGCCAUCUAUGGUGGGUGUCACGGAUUUCUGAAACUAGCUAUACCAACCGGAUGUGGCGUCGGCUGGGGUUUGGACAUCGACAUUUGCCAACUCUAUGAGUUCAUCUCCAACAAUUAUGCGCCUGGGGAUGAAUUGAUGUUAUUCGGCUUCUCUCGUGGCGCUUUCACCGCGCGUUCAGUCGCUGGCUUGGUGGGUGAUAUAGGUAUCCUUUCACCAGUCAAUAUGUCGCACUUUGCAGACAUGUGGAAGGCGUACACGGCGAAUACGGACGGGGAGCCCUUCAGCAAGUCAGCAUGGUACCAAAAGCAUAAGGACAAGCUACAUUUAUCGGAGAAUAUCAAGAUCAAAGUUGUAGGUGUCUGGGACACUGUCGGAGCUUUGGGAAUCCCCGAAUGGCCUCUGGUGGGUUUAGCAGCGAGAUCUGGCAUUGCUUUCAACAAGAAAUACAGCUUUCACAAUACGAGGUUGUCAAAAAAUGUGGACUAUGCUUUCCAGUGUCUCGCUAUUGACGAGAGAAGAUUAACGUUCCCCCCGGCCCUGUGGCACAAGACCGCAGGGGCUCCAGCGAAGGACAUGAAGCAAUGUUGGUUUCCCGGCAUCCACGGCAAUAUUGGUGGCCAAGCAGAUGAUCCUACGAGCCCUGCUAAUGACCAUGGAGAGAUUGGAGACAUUACAUUUGCCUGGAUGGUGGACAAUCUCUCAGGGAUGUUGACGUUUGAAGAAGAGGCAAUCAAAAAUUUUAUCGAGCAGCAUCAUGACAGCCAGGCUGAUAACAAGCCCAAAGGAUCUAUCAACGAAUGGGGAUGCGGACCAAUCGUUUCCAAUUUCGCUGGACUGCAAGGUGCUUUCUUCAGGCUUCUGGGAAAGCAGGAUCGCACGCCAGGAGCCUAUCCGCGGGACGCUGGUGACGGAGUUGAGGGUGCCACGAAUGAAUAUUUACACCCUAUUGUUAGAUUCCGGAAGCUCAAGGUCAACAAUUACAAUCCGGCAUCACUAGCGGGCUUCAGACUCGAGGAGCCGGAUGGUGGUACCGGAUGGAAAUGGGCUAAAAAAGGCGUGCAAGCCCUACCCGAGUAUGUCCUGCGCCCAGAAAAGACGAUAAGUUUGGCGUUCGAGGGAGGAUACAAGAGUGGCAGUAGCUUGUCGAGACUAUUGUGCCCCAAAGCUCUUUUGCAGGAUCUCGACAGGGAUAAUGGAUUGCUAGGCGCUAGAGCUGCCACUGUGCCUGAUUCAACUUGA